CUUGCACCAAACAAUGCCGUCGUCUUAGCACGCUGGACGUCGUCGCUCGCUUUCGUCGCUGCAUCGCCGAGCAGACUCAGGACCGUUCCGUCUUUGCUCACCGAUGCAUCAUCAUUUCUAGUCCCCCGCUGCCCGACCCGUGGCUGCGCUGCUCGUACUACUUCUUUGGUCGUACGUACUGCUGCUGCCAGCGUGGGAGACUCUCCGCAGCCCACUAGCGCCAACCGCGACGACUCGACAUCAUCCCUCCGACCUCAUCUCACCCCGGCAUCGAGCGACGCCCGCCCUGCGGCAUCCAUGAUCGCGUCUUGGGCUGCGACAUAACGCCCUGAGCCAGAGGUCCGAUCGGCGGACCCGAAUCCGCAGCGUCGCGACCGCCCAACUCACAACCUGUUCCUUCCCCCCCCACGGCUGCCACCAUGGUCACCGUCAGCCCCGUCCCCAUUCCUACGCCAAAGGUCAAGCGGCCUGUCCCUCCCGGCAUACAGACUAAUGGCUCCUCUGCGCCUGCUGGGACGUCGUCGCCUUCUCCUUCCAUAUCCGCCAAGAAGCCUCCGACGAGCGCCAAACAGACCCCGACCUCGGCGAGCGACCGCACCAUUACCGCAUCCACGGUGCGACCAGUGAACCGCGCCCGUCGGGAGGCAUCAUCGCAGGCCCUGGGCAGGGCCUCAAGAAAUAGCGCGGGCUUGCGCAUUACCUCAUCGCUCGAUAUGAUGGCUACGGACUCGCAGCCGCGCCCAUACGCCCUGUCACACAGCGAUGUUCUCAAAAAAUUCGCCGGCCGACCACCGUCCUUGGUCCUUCAUCUCCAUCCAGGACACUUUCGAUUCGACGGACAGGAUAGCGUGUUCGCGUACAAGUCCCCGAUGAAGGUGUUUCUGGAGCACCUCCGGGCCAAGACGAUCCCCCACGACCUUUUGGAGUAUCUUAUACAGGCCAAUGUGCCAUUCUACGACGGCUGCCUCAUUGUGCAGGUUCACGACCACAAGUCUCAGGCUCAGCCAAAGGAUGCCGCCAAGUCUAAAGCCGCGUCCAGCGCCGUUGUGCCGUCGAGCAUCCACAACUACAACCAGUACCUGACACCUUCGCCAUACGUCGCGUUUCCCAAAGAUGGAGCGCAGGCCAGCGGCGCCAACAAGAAAGACGAGGAGGAACAAAAAGAUGCGAAACCGGCCGACAAGGAUGCGGAGAGCAUGCCGGCCCCGAGCCUUCCAGGCGACAGCUCCAAGGCAAAGUCUCCCGCCAAGGCCAAGGUCUUCACCACAGUGCUCUUUCCCACACAAGAGAGCCUGCAGGCGGACCUGAGAAUAAAAGCGACGACGGCUGGCGCUGUCGGUGAUGGAGCGGUGCCCCCGUCGACCCCGAUGUCCUUAGUCCCUCCUACCCCGACGGCCGGCAACAUGCCACCCCCAGCGAAACGUCAGAAGAAAGAGAAGAUGGAGCUCGAUGGGAGCAACAUAUACGCGGUCGAGGGGCAGAUUUUGCUGGCGACCACCCCCAAGCUCAUGCUCGAGCCGACCAAGAAUGCGGAGGAGACCAUCGCGCUGCUGGACGCUUGGGCGCACCCCAGCCAUUCCGAGGCGCCUCCACAGCCAAAAUCGCGCAAGCGUACCGUGGCCGAGAUGGCAGCCGACGAGGCCGCGGCCGCCGACCAGGAGCGUUACAUGCUCGUCCUGGACGACAGGCUGUCCGCCACGGCAGCGGGCAAUCAGGUCUCCGGAGGUGCAGACGGAGACGCACAAAACGGCGCCACCACUUUCGAGCCACGGUUCGAGCGGUUCAAGGUUAUCGAGGAUAUCAAGAGAGACCAGGCCGAGAAAAAGGAACAGGAGCGCAUCAAGCAGCAAGAGAACGACCGUCGCAUGCUUAUGCAGCGACAGCAAGAGGCGAUGCAGAGGCAGCAGGCCGAGGCCGAGAAGGCAAGGCGGGAGCAGGCCGCGGCACGGGAAAACCAGCUGCGACAGGCCGAAGCUCAACGACAAGCCAUGGCGGCCCGCGCCGCGGCUGCAAGCCAGGCACAGAACACACAAAACAUGGGCCAGCAGCAGCAUGGACAUCCCGCUCAGAGUGGGACCAUGCCGACUGGCAUGCCCAACGGUGCCGCCGUGGCUGGCCAAAACGCCAUGGCCAACGGCAUGCAAGGCCAGGCACAACCUCGCUUCCAGGCUCAAAUGUCACAGGCUCCCGCUUCGUCGCCCGUCAUACGACAGGGCACACCGCAGAACAUGUCUUCGCCCAUGGUCGGCAGCGUUCCCAUGCAGCAGACCAACUCGAACAUGGCCAACAGCCCUCCACGACCGCCCUCGGUGGUUCAAAACGCCCAGAUGGGUGUGCCCAUGGCCCAUCAGAUGUCCGCCCGUGGCAGCCAGCAAAGCCAUCCUUCAGGGACGCCCCGAAUGCCCCAUUCCACGCCCAACAUGUCGCAUGGCACACCUAUUAACCGGCCUGCAAUGGUCGCGACUCCACGCAUGACGCAGGCGAGCCCGCCACCCAAUAUGAUGGCUCAGAACUCGCAGAUGGGCCAGGCCAUGAUGAUGAACAAUCAAGGCAUGGCACAGCACAACCCUCAAGUGUUUGCGCAGAUGGCGGCUCAGCAGCGCGCCAUUGCCCAACAACAGCAGCAGAUGGCUGCCAUGCAAGGCGGCGGCGCGCAAGCGGGCAUGAAUGGCCAAGGAAUGUCGCCCCAGCAGCAACAGAUGAUGCAGAUGAUGCAGCGGCAAAUGAUGAUACAACAACAGCAGCAGCAGCAGCAGCAGCAACAACAACAACGACAACAACAACAACAACAACAACAACAACAACAACAGCAACACCAGCAGCAGCAGCAACAGCCGGGAGGUAUGAUGACGCCUCAGCAGCAACAGCAGCAAUUUGCCCAGUAUGCGCAGCAGCUUCAGAACAUGCAAGGCAACCAACUGCGGCAAAUGAGCCCGCAGAUGCAGGCUCAACUGCAACAGAUGGCGCGGAUGGGACAAAUGGGGAACCCGAUGCAGAGGCAGGUCAGCGGCCAGAUGAUGAACGGCAACGUCAACAUGCAGGCACUGGCUGCUAUGCAGAUGCAGCAGGCUCAGCAGGCGCAGCAGCACCAAGGCCAGCCGCAGCAGAUGGGAGCCAACCCGAUUCAGGCGCAGAUCCAGGCCAGCGCCCGCCAGAUUUACGGGCGACUUAUGCAGAACGCUGUGAGCAGAUUUGGAGGCCAAGACCGGGUGCCACCGGAGGCGAUCGAUAAAAUGAAGCAGAGUUCCAUGGCCCAGGCACAGCAACUUCUCCAGAAUUCGAUGGCGCAACGACGCGCGCAGCAGCAGAUGAUGAUGCAGCAACAAGCGGCUGCGCAACAACAACAACAGCAGCAGCAGCAGCAACACGCAGCGAUGCAGGGCAUGGGGGGUAUGAUGGGACACCAAGGGAUGUAGGACGCCGCUUGGGGUUUAAAUUUGGUGCGGGAUGGUUCAAUAAGUCUACGGUGUCUUCGAGACGCUGAACCACCGCUGAGAGGCUAGCGAGGCAAUCAUACUGGAAGGAGUUGGCGCAGGUAGGCUGGGAUCGGUCAUGCUGGGUGGGGUGUUCUGAUUUUGCGUUUGUGCACUUUGAUUACUCUAAUACCCCCGGGACAGUUUUUGAGACUAUGGGUUUUGUUGGUCGUCCACGGCGGCGGAUGACGGCCUGUUGUUUUGGUACCAGGAGUCGGUGCAGGGGGCGGUCGCUUCGGCGCGGCGUUUGUCUGCGAUAUUUACUCUGCAUGCAUGGGGUGGAUGUAUUAUAGCAACAGCGAUGAUGACAAAAAAUCACGAGCAGUGCGAUGGGA